CCAAUAUUUUAAUUUUUAACGGCAGUGGAAAAUCUAGAGCUCCUAGGUUUUGAACCCAACCACGGUUAAAAAUUACUUGACCACGGUUAACUCCACUCAUUCCUGCAGUUUAUAAACGACCAGACCAUGCCGGUGAUUCUGUAAACAAAUCCCAUCUUCUGAACCCAGAGAAAAGAAAAAAUGAUGCUCGGUGAACCACACCGACACAAUCAAGCGAUCCACGUCCCUCCUUGGCAACUUCAAGACAAUCCGACGGCCGAUGCUUGCCCCCCGUUCUCCUUGUCUCCCCUCUCCAUCACCUCCGAAGGCAAUGGCAACGGAAACGGGGGCGACUAUUCACCCUACUAUCUCCAAGAAGCCCUGACGGCGCUCCAGCGCUACUUGCCCUCCAACGGAGCCGACAUCGAGUCGGACUCCGAAAUCCUUGGCCGAGAGUCUGAUGCUCCGGUUGACGCGUACUCCUGCGAUCAUUUCCGUAUGUUCGAGUUCAAGGUGAGGCGGUGCGCACGUGGCAGGUCACAUGACUGGACAGAGUGCCCGUACGCCCACCCGGGAGAGAAGGCCCGCCGGAGGGAUCCGAGGAAGUAUCACUAUUCUGGUACGGCCUGUCCUGAUUUCCGAAAGGGAAACUGUAAGAAAGGUGAGGCGUGCGAGUUCGCGCAUGGCGUGUUCGAGUGCUGGCUCCACCCGGCUCGCUAUCGUACGCAGCCAUGCAAGGACGGGACCGGUUGUCGGAGGAGGGUCUGUUUCUUUGCUCACACCCCGGAGCAACUCAGGGUUUUGCCUCAGCAGAGUCCCAGGAGUGCGGCCAGCAACUCGGUCGAGUCCUAUGAUGGGUCGCCUCUGAGACAGGCUAUAGAGGCAUCUUGUGCGAAAACACGGACGUUUCUGUCCUCCCCUCCGUCCAUUUCUCCACCAGGAACUCCUCCAGCGGACUCUCCACCUAUGUCGCCCCUAACCCAGCCGUUGAGUCGGUCCCUUGGCUCGAACUCGAUCAACGAAAUGGUGACGUCACUGCGGAAUUUACAGCUUGGGAAGAUGAAGUCUUUUCCAUCUUCUCGGAAUGUUCCAAUGGGGUCUCCCGUUUUCGGGUCUCCCAGAGGGUCUAUUCUCCGACCCGGUUUCUGUAGCAUGCCAACGACCCCGACCCAGGCCCCGACUCGUCCAGGAAUCGGAUACCUUGAUUUCUGGGACCAGGGUUGGGAGGAGGAGCCGGCGAUGGAGAGGGUCGAGUCCGGGAGGGAUAUAAGGGCUAAGAUGUUUGAGAAACUGAGUAAGGAGAACUCACUGGAGAGGGUCGACCCGGGUCCGUCAAGUAAUGCUCCUGAUGUGGGUUGGGUUUCGGAGCUGACUGUGAAUAGAAUCUGAAGCAAGGGAGUGAUGAGGAAGAUGACUCAGACGAUGAUGAUUUUGGAAGCAAACAAGUUGAAGAAGAUUCUGUACUGUAAAUAUGUUGUUCUUUAUAUAUAUAUAUAUAAAUAUUAUCAGAUGGUAUGGGAGAUGGUAUUGGUGAUGAGUAGAAUCUCUUUUUUUGGUGGAAUUUUCUGAGAAGUUCAGAUUGUCAAGCAAGCAAGGAAAAGAAAAAGAAAAUGGUGAAACUUUUGUUUUAUUUUUUUUUGUUUUAUAGGGGUAGGGAAGGAGUGGGUAAUCAUUUCCCGUUUUCUUUUCUAUUGAUCAUUAUUGCUAUGUUUAUUAUUACCAUCCCCACUUACUGAUCUUUUCUUUUGAAAUAUCACAUUGUAAAAAUUUCUUGGCAUUGUAAUGCUCUUUAUCCAAAUGAAAUUAUUACUGUAUUGUAUA